AUCAUAAAUAAACAAUACUCCAAUGUUUUGUGAGUAUCCACCACAUUUCCCACUCACCCCCAAGACAAAAACAAGCACAUACACACACACAGGAGAAAAACAGAGCAACAAAGUCAUCAGGUGCAACUCCUCUGCUGCGCAACAGACACCAAGACACACCAUGAGGCCCGGGGCCGAGUUCGUCACCAUGAGCCACCGCGCGGGAGCGCCGACGGCGGCGCCGGGGCAUGGGCUGAUGAACGGGACGGCGGCGCCGCAUUCGACGUGGCAGUCACCGGUGCCGUACCUGUUCGGCGGGCUGGCGGCCAUGCUGGGGCUCAUCGCCCUGGCGCUGCUCAUCCUGGCGUGCUCCUACUGGAAGCUCUCCGGGUACCUCGACGGCGACCGGGACGGCCAGGCGGCGGGGGACGCCGACGGGGAGAAGGGCUCGGCGUCUGGCGCGGCCAGGCCGGCCAUGGAUUUUCUCGAGCACGUGGUGGUCAUCAUGGCCGGCGACGAGCGGCCCACGUUCCUCGCCAAGCCGGUCACCAGCCGGGCCGCCGAGGCGGAGCUCGCGGCCGCAACGGCUCCUGAGGCGAGCCCGCGCGCCGGCGACGACGGGCAGGAGAAGAAGGUGGACGAGCAGGGCUGCGAGGUGAUCUCGCAGCUCGGAGGCGACCCCGCCGACGCGGCGAGCCGGAGCCGCGACCGCCAAGACGCGGCGAGCCACAGCCAUGACAACCACCACCACCAUGACCAUGAGAGCAGCAGCACGACGGCACUACAAGAAAGCUCGCAAUAAAAGCAGCCGCCUUUUGUUCGCUUCAGCUUUCCCUUUUUUGAGGCUGCUUUUCUUCCCCACUCCUUCUUCCUCCUCUAGAUUUAGGCUGGGCUGUGUAGAUUCUUGGCGUGAUUGGUCAAAUGAAAAUUAACGGAGAUAUCUACGCGAGACUUGAAAGUUUUGCCAAUGGAAAGAUAUAUGGAGCAUCAUGCUCUGCUCCAGUUACAGCUCUCUGAAGAAAUGGACAACACUCCACACCAUCAUUCCCCAUCUUUCGGUAGCUUACAGCACCUUUAAGUUGGAACAAAUAUUGAUUACAUUGAAAUCCAAAGUGACUUGUACUGGGGGACAAGAAUGAGCACUGAUUGAAUUCAGAUUCUUUGCUUUUUGUAAAUGCAGCUGUCCUGCAGCAAAUCAGCAGUCCCACAUGCUCA